AUGCUGCAGCGGCUGAAGGAUGCUCAUGAGGUGCCGCCUCGCUUCUACUCCGUGUUACAGCGGACGGUCAGCGUUGCCUGCGUGCACAAGGAUGGCCCAUCUUCAGAGCUUCAGUCCCUCAUUGCCGCGACCGCAGCAGCAGUUUGCCGCUGCGAUCCGGAGGGUUCGUGCCCUAUUUGCCUUGCGAGAUGGACCCCAGAAGACAGCUUGAUCGUCCUGUCUUGCGACCACGUUCUCCACGUGGACUGCUUCUGGAAAGUGAUUAUGUCUUCCGGAGCCGAGACUCUGCGAGGAUGCUGCCGAAUCUGCACCCAGCGCUCCCAUUGGGGCCCUGUGGCUCGGGGCAACUUCCGCUGCAUGCUCUGCUCGGCAGCUGCAGCGGCGCUGGUCCGGCAGUGCGAAGCGGGAGGCGGGCUCACUUGUGAGGAGCUUGCAGAGUACUGCCGACGCAUCGCCAAGGAGAUUGGCGUGACCUACACCGCGACCUUGCAGGAGUUGGCCAAAGAGAUUCGGAAGAAGGGCACAAAGCUUCCGGUGGCAGAGAUGGCAAAGCUGGAGAGGCUGGUCAGCAGCGCAGCCGAAGUUUCCCCGGAUCGCAUAUCCUGA